AUGGAAAUUAAGAACACUGUAGACGAUGCCAUUCCAGAAAUUUCCUUCCAUGCUUUGGCUGGAACGACUCAUCCACAAACCUUUCGAGUGAUUGGAAAGGUAGGAAACAAAGAUUUAACGGUCCUAAUCGAUGGGGGCAGUACCCAUAACUUCAUCGAUCAAGCGGUUGCAACCAAACUUGGGUUACCAGUAAUUCGUGACAAGGUGUUUCGGGUAACUGUUGGAAACAAAGAAAUUAUCGAGUGUACAAGGCGGUGUAUAGGGCUUCUACUUAAUAUACAGGGGUUGUCGAUUCAAGCUGAUUUUUAUGUUUUACCCGUUGCAGCGUGUCAAGCCGUGUUGGGAGUGCAAUGGCUAGAAACAUUGGGUCCGAUUGAGACAGAUUACAAACAACUAAGCAUGUCCUUCUGUCAGGCAGGGAAAUCACAUACCAUUCGGGGCUUGCAACGAUUCAAGCUAGCUCCUAUGACUGAGAAGGAAUUGCUGCACCACUUAGGCCCUAGAUUUUUCCUUCAUGUGAUGUCAACAACAACCCAACCAGAACCAACCACACACAUUUCAGCCGACCUGCAAAGGUUAUUGACAGAGUUUGAUCACCUAUUCAAGGAGCCAUCCAGGUUGCCACCAUUACGGAGCCAUGAUCACCACAUUUCCCUGCUUCCAAAUCAGCCACCGGGUGUUGCUGUGGAUCCAAAUAAAAUCAAUUCAGUCCAACAAUGGCCUGUGCCAACCUCAGCAAAGGGGGUUCGUGGAUUCCUUGGUUUCGCGGGUUACUAUCGGAAAUUCGUCCGUGAUUUUGGUUCAAUUGCUGCAUCUCUAACACAACUCUUAACCAAGGAUGGUUUUUGGUGGACAACUGAAUCUCAGGAAGCCUUUGUGAAAUUGAAGACAACCCUUGUUACUCCUCUAGUUUUACGUCUUCCAGAUUUUCAAAAGCCCUUUGUUGUCGAAUGCGAUGCAAGCGGAACAGGUCUGGGAGCUAUACUGUCACAAAAUGACCAACCCAUUGCGUUCUUUAGCGAAGCCUUGAAAGGGUCAGCAAGGGCACUGUCAACUUACGAUAAGGAAAUGUUGGCGGUGGUGAAAGCUGUGCGCAAGUGGCGACCGUAUUUGUUGGGCAAGCCGUUUGUAAUCAAAACUGACCACCAAAGUUUGAAAUACUUACUUGAGCAGCGUAUUUUGACUCCUUCCCAAGCUAGAUGGCUGCCCAAACUUAUGGGCUAUGACUACACCAUACUAUACAAACGUGGCAGAGAUAAUCAAGGUCCGGAUGCUCUAUCUCGAGUUAACUUGCUUCAGUUUCAGGCCCUUACGCUACCCUCUGCAGACUGGUGGCCCUCCCUGCAACAAGAGGUAAUUGACAAUCCCUAUUAUGCCACCUUGAGCAAGAAUGCUUCAUCUAAUUGUUUUGGUAGAGAUGGAGUUUGGAUGGAAAACGGUAAAGUCCACUUGAGCCCAAACUCCUCUUUACUCCCUGCAGUAUUAGCAGACGCACACUCAUCGCCGACUAGCAGGGUUGCUGCAGCCCUAGCUAUUCCGGAUCGUAUCUGGACUGACAUAUCCAUGGAUUUCAUCGACGAGCUGCCGUCCUCCCAAAACCAUGAUACGAUUAUGGUGGUAGUAGAUCGAUUGUCCAAAUUGGCUCAUUUGGUGCCUCUCAAGCACCCUUACACAACAUUAUCUGUAGCCAAGGCUUUCAUUUCUAACAUUGUACGGUUACAUGGAAUGCCUCUCUCGAUUGGUAGUGAUCGCGACCGAAUCUUUCUCAGUAAUUUCUGGUGGUCCCUUUUUCAGUUGCACGACACUGCUCUUUGUUACAACUCCAGCUAUCAUCCACAGUCGGAUGGACAAACCGAGGUAAUAAACCGUAUCCUCGAGCAGUACCUUCGCUGCUACACAUAUGAUAAUCCAAAAAAAUGGUUGGAAUGGUUGUCGUGGGCUGAGUUUAGCUACAAUACUUCAGUUCAUUCGUCAACCAAAAUAACUCCUUUCGAAGCUGUCUAUGACGUUCCCCCGCCUUCUAUGAUUUUGUAUAUUCCAGGUACUACCAAGGUCCAGGCUGUUGACGAUAUGCUGCGCUCAAGGGAUGAAAUUCUUCGUGAUCUUCGAAAAAAUUUUGUUGCUACCCAGGUUCGAAUGAAGUGCCAGGCUGAUCGUCACCGACAAGAGGUUUUCUUUGAGGUAGGAGACUAUGUUUAUUUACGUCUACAGCUGUAUCGUCAAAAAUCUGUAGCGUUUCGGAGUUCGUUGAAGUUGUCUCCUCGAUUCUUUGGUCCCUUCAAAAUUCUUGCAAGAGUAGGGACAGUUGCAUAUAAGCUGGACUUGCCAAUUGGGGCACAAAUUCACAACGUGUUCCAUGUCAGUUUACUAAGGAAACAUGUUGGUCCGCUCGACUUACCUAUAGUGUCAUUACCUCCUGUUUCUGCUGAUGUCCAAAUUUUACCAGAACCUAAAGUCAUUUUGGAUCGAAGGGUGGUUCAGAAGGGCAAGUAUAGACUGAAAACUGAAGUAUUGGUUCAAUGGAAGGGCGCUUCCCAUGAAGAUGUGACAUGGGAGAAUUUAUGGGGAUUCUCUAAGACCUAUCCAGAUUUCCGCCUUGAGGACAAGGACGCUCCAAGGGUAGGGGAAUGA